AUGCUCCCCUACGCGACGACGGCGGAGGCGGAGGCGGCAUUGGACUGCGCCUUGACGGGCGCUGAGGCGGCGUGGCUCCGCUACUCGGCGUCCGUGCCCGACCACCUCCUCUACUGCCACAACGUCGCCAUCCUGCUCGUCAUCUACACGCUCGCGCCUCUGCCCCUCGCCCUCUUCGAGCUGCUGACGCCGCGCGCUGUCACUUCGCCGCUCAAGCUGCAGCCCCGGACGCGCCUCUCGCCGGCCGCCUUCCUCGGCUGCUACUUUGACACUGCCCGCGUGCUGCUCCUCACCGUCGGCAUGCUCAGCAUCGUCUCCUUCCCGGUCGUCAAGAUGGUGGGGAUCCGGACGGGGCUGCCGCUGCCGUCGUUGGGGGAGGCGGCGGCGCAGAUGGCGGUGUACCUGCUGGUGGAGGACUACCUCGGCUACUGGAUCCAUCGGCUGCUGCACACCAAGUGGGGCUACGAGAACAUCCAUUGCGUCCAUCACGAGUUCUCGGCGCCCGUCGGCUACGCCGCGCCGUACGCGCACUGGGCGGAGGUGCUCAUCCUCGGCGUCCCCUCCUUCACCGGCCCGGCCAUCGUGCCAUGCCACAUCACCACCCUCUGGCUCUGGUUCGUCGUACGCCAUAUUGAAGCCAUCGAGAUCCACAGCGGGUUCGAUUUCCCAUUCAACCCUACGAGGCUCAUCCCGUUCUACGGAGGGGCAGAAUUCCAUGAUUACCAUCACCGUGUAGGAGGGCAGAGUCAAAGCAACUUCUCUUCUGUUUUCACCUUCUGCGAUUAUCUCUAUGGGACGGAUAAAGGCUACAAAUAUCAUAAAGCAAGCAUUGCAAAGAUGAAGGAGAUGGCAGAGUCAAAUGUUGUGGAGGAAAGAGGGAAUUAA